UCCACAACAAUAACCAAAACAAGAUUUUGUGUUUGCGUUUGCAUUGUGUUUUUGCGCCUUGCGACAAAAACAUCGCUAGCUAAGCCAACGGCUGAAGAAAAAUCAAGCAUUUUCAAAAAAUAUACAACAAGUAAAUUGUGAUUAGUUAAUUGCAAGCCAAAUAUCUACACGGUAUCCGUUGUAAAAGGUUCUGACCAAAAAUGGCAUCCGGCGGUUUGACAUGUGUCAAAUAUAUCACUUUUUUCUGCAAUCUGCUAUUUGCGCUUACGGGUCUACUGAUCCUCACGGUGGGCACCAUAGUGCAGCUGAAUUAUGCGCAUUAUUCAAAUUUCGUGAGUGAUCACAUCUGGACCGCGCCCAUUAUACUCAUGGUUGUCGGCGCGGCAGUCGCAUUUAUCUGUUUCUUGGGCUGCUGUGGCGCUCUGAAGGAGAACAGCUGCAUGAUACUGAGCUUUGCUAUACUAGCCGUAAUAAUAUUCCUGCUGGAGAUUGGCCUUGGCAUUGCGGGUUAUGUCAAGCACUCGGGCUUGCAGCAGCUGAUGGAAACGCAGUUCAAUACGACCAUGAAGCAUUAUAAGGAACGUGAUGAUUAUCGUGAUGCCUGGACUCUGCUGCAAACCGAACUGGAUUGCUGUGGCACCUAUGGACCCAACGAUUGGGAUGGCAUUUUUGCCAACAAGACGCUGUCUCCGGCCUGCUGCAAGCUGAUCAAUCUAAGCGAGGCCAAAGACUGCACCACAAUGCAUGCCAUACAGCAGGGCUGUCUGCAAAAGCUUUUGGGCAUACUCGAUUCCAAGACUUUGAUAUUGGCCAGCGUGGUGCUCUCCGUGGCAGGCAUACAGCUGCUCACCAUACUCUUUGCCUGCUGUUUGUAUCGUUCGUUUCGCCGCAGCUACGAUCAUGUUUAGGCUGCGCAGCGCGGAUCCCAUUUAUCGAUUUUAAAAGACAGCCCUUAGCCUAGUUUGUAGUUUGGUCACAUGCAUGCGAUAUAACUCGUUGCCGUCUCUCAAGAAGCUCGCUGAUAAGCAGAAGAACAAAAAAUAAUACACAAAAAUACUCAAAAAACAAUCAUAAUCACAAUUCAUAAUUUUCAUUUAUGUCAAUCGAUAAACACUCACUGUUAGCCCAAGCAUUUCCACUUUAAGUUUAACUUUUUGAAAACUUGUUAAUGUUAUUCCCUGCUCAGUUGUACUGAGCUCUAAAGAUAAGCUAUAUAUCUCAAUGGUUUUUACUAUUUAAAAACAUAUUAUUUGAUUUGUAAUCUUUAUAAUUUUGUACACUUUCCCACUUAAACGCUAAAGAAACGCUCUGUAUAAGCAUUAUGCUUUAUUUAAAUAUAUUUCGUUGUAUUAGGUAAAAUCAUGAUAUUAUUUAUAUUCCGAUUUUAUACUCAUUCCCAUUUGCCAAUGCAUUACGCCACCACACAUACUCAUAUGCAUAUCAAAACAUUAUAAUAUCAUAUAUAUAAGUAUAUACUCUAUACUAUAUACCGACUGGUUCGAAAUUCAUGCAUCAUUUCAUCAUUUUACAAAGUGUCCUUGGAACCAUUUUUUAUAUAUGUAGUAAUUUUAUGGCCUUUUGAAUUUUUAAAUGUAUAUGCGUGUGUCUCAUUGUGUGUGUGUGUGUGUGGCUCCCCAAAAUAAGAACCCACCAUUUGCUAAUUGUUUUUAUAUACCCAUAUAAUUAGAACCAAUUUAUUAUAUACAUAUUUACAGAACACUGCAUUUUACACACACACGUAAAUAUAUUAGCAACACACAUACAUACCGAUAUAUAUAUUUAUGUAUACAAUGAAUAUCUAUGUGACUUGAAAUUGUAUUGUAAACAAAAAGAAGACAAAACACAUUUGGGAGAAGAUGAUUACAUAUCUUGGUCAACUCCUGAAAAAACAAAACUGUUUGAAUAUCGAAUUUACAGUUUAAAAUCGAACUAAUUAAAUGAUAUUAAUUAAGAAGCGUGCAUAUAAAACGCGAUUCUCAAAACGACCACACAUGAAUAUUACAAUUCAAUGUUAGAUUAUCUGAAAUGCAAUAACCCAUAUAAGUAAUUGUCUUAAAUUGCAAAGCUCAGCACGAUUUAUUAAUAUUAUUAUGCAUUUGCGAGUAUGUAUUUUAUAAAUGAUGUAAGCUGAAACAAUUGUGCAGCACUGAAAAACUUAAGAAUCAAUAAAUGAACAAUUGAAAACGUA